AUGGCGUCUUCGACUUUCAACCACGCCCUACCAGAUUCUCCCCUGCCGGAUAUCUGCAAUACAUGGAUUGCCGCUGAAUACGCAUUUAAGACAACAGGAUUCUAUAAUGCUCCCAAAACUCUACCUGCCUGGGAUUAUCGCUCUCACUCUGGGUGCCACAGCUUCGACACGAGCACGACUUCAUACGUGAACUCCGACCUGGAUUCUGACUAUCAUUUCAACUACCUCAAAGGAAUUAAAAUCAAUGAGCCUGGAAUAGAGGUGCCUAUGUGUGUUGAUCCUGUUGAUCUGACGGGUCCUUCAAAGAAUGUAGCCAUUAAAUCCGAAGAAGUUUCUUUCGAAAUCUACAUCGAUAGCACUUUCUCUCCAACCAACGACGCUCCUCAAAGAUUCUCUCAAGAAAUCUCGUAUCCUGAAGCAGUCAACCCUCCGCCUAAUGGAUCGCCUUCUUUCACACCGAUCGACAAUCUCCCGGUGGACUUCCCUUCUCCUCGAAACAGUUGCCUUGUUGCCAGACCCGAUGCACCGGAGGAACACUUGCCUGAUCCUGUUCCCGUUAGGCCUCCCAUGUGCAAUGAUAAUUCGCGGUGCUCACUACCUGUUACAAACCCUGCCACUGUUGCGACACAUGCCGCUCCCUUGCUUGAAUUCCAAGAAGCUCCUUCGCCAACAGACCUCCCACAAGUGAAGAAAGAAGAGGGCGAAUUUCUAUGGUCGAACGUCAACGUUAGCUACCUACUACAAGACAUGCAAUGUCCACCGGAUAACAAACGUUUCGAACUACCCAAACCAACGACAAACAUCAAGAGAGAGUCACGCCCUUCCUCCGUGGAACCGGCUUGGUCUGCACAUGGCGGCAUCGAGCUGGAAGUCCUACUGUCAUUUUUUGCCUCGUAUAUGGCUCAGAACGCGAACCCUGGCACUGAUGUUGACAAACGGUGGAUGCUAUCCUUUGUUGGAAAGUUGUCGCCAAGCGGAGAGAAACUUACUGAGUAUCGAUGCUAUGUUAAUGGGUGUACCCAAGUCAAUAAGAGAAGGGAUCACAUUCUUACCCACCUGCAUUCGCAUCUGGACUACCGUCCGUUUCGUUGCCAAACCUGCCCGGCGAACUUCCUGCGCAAGAACGAGCUCAAGCGACACGAACUAAGUCACACGGGUGUUCGACCACAUGUCUGUCCCUUAUGUUCCGUGGCGUUCAACCGACGCGAUCUAUGGAAGAGACACCUCAAGAGGAGGCACGAUGUUGAUCCCGGGAGAGGAUCAUACAACUAA